AUGAAGAAGUCACGGGAAGUGACAUAUCUUCGAGCAACUGGCACAACAUUCGAAUUUUGUUGUGUACCGUUGUGUCCGGUGAGUAGCAGGUGCAACAAAUUCAUCAGUUUUUUCAACUUCCCUACUGAUGAGGAGUUACGGAAAAAAUGGAUAGUGGCUAUCCGGAGAGCUAACUUAGCCAUCAAAGCUCACACUAGAGUUUGUAGCCGGCAUUUCAAACGUGAGGACAUACAAGAGCCUGAAUCUGAAAUCGGAAGACGAAGGUUAAAAAAGGGAGCUGUACCUGCUCUCUUCCAGUGGAAUAAUUUUUCCCUUCCACUCCCACGACCGGGGGUUUGGGAGAGGAGGAAAAGACCACUACCAGAGGACAGCGAGGAGGAGGCUAACCCACCGGCUAAUGUCUAUACUAAGGAACACGAUUAUGCCUCAGCUCCAGACCCUGCAGUUGUGGAUUUGGUUUUGGAGGAAAACAAUGCUCUCCGGGAGGAAAUCCGCCAACUACGGAAACAAAUGGAGAGCCUUAGUCUGAGGCAGCGAUUUGGCAUUCACCGUUUUGCAUCAUCGGACAAGGACAUUAGAUUCUUCACAAG